AUGACACUAGUCUACAGCGGCACGCCGCGGACAUACCCAGAACAAGGCGGCGGGGGGUUGCUGGCAGCAGUGCGCUUCAGCACGCCAGUGAGGCUGGCGAGCGUGCGCGUGGUUCCGGCUGGUGUCGUCUACCCGGGCGGCGUGGGCUCGACAACGCCAGACCCGUUCCCAGUAGACGUGUACCUAAACCUCUCCCCCAGCGACCCGAUCAACGCGCUCGCGCGCACCUCGCUGUCGAUCGAGCCAGGCGCGCACGCGCUCGACUUUGCGCUCGACAUGCCAGAGGGCACGACGACACGGCUCGUCGUUGUCAGGUUACAUGCCCCAGGCCGCGAGAUCACGCUCAGCCUGUACGCGCACGCUGGUGAGCCCGACGUCGUCGUCGCCGAGGACGAGGUCGCCGUGUCCGAGGCGACAGACCUCCCAAUACCCCCCACCGCCUUGCUGCUCUCCGCGCUGCUGAGCCCAUCAACACAAGCGCUCGCGACGGCGCAAGUCGCGGCGCGUACAGCGGCCCUAUCCCUCGCCGACGUCCUCCCGCGGCCAGACGUGCUGGCCGCGCUCGUCUCCACCCCAGCCGCAGAAGGCGCAGUGACCUCGCUCCUCGGCCUCGAGUCGCACCCCGACGCGCGCGGCGCGCUGGCUGCUCUAGCGCGGCUGAGCGACCCGAAUACCGCAGCGUACCCACACACUUCGGCCCCGCUGCCCGCCGUACUUGCCCUCGCUCGCGCGCAGCGCGACAGCGCGCACCCACAAGCCGGCGCUGCGCUCGCCACGGUCCUCUCGCAUCUCUCUGCGCUGCUCGACACCGCGUCCAAGCCUGUCGCGAGCACGCUCGCCGCCGCCCUCCCGCAACUCGCAGCACACGCCCUCGCGCGCGGCGCCGACAUCACCCUCCCGCGCAGCCUCGACCCGCGCAGCACGCUCGCUGCGCUCGUGCCCCUCCUCGCAGGCGUCACGUCCACGGGGCUCUCUACCGCCCCGGCCGCGGCACAGCUCGCGCGCCCGUUCGUCGGCCAGCUCGAACCGACCGACCCGCUGCGCCUCGCGUGGUCCAGCUCCACGCCCAGUCCGGCGCUCGCUGCCCCCAGCUCGGAAGCGGUGCGGCUCGCGCGCGCGCUGGACGCGCCGGCUGCCUCCUCAUCGGUGCACUUCGCGCCGACUGCGGCCGAGCUCGUCGGCCUGCUCGCGCCAGUGUACGCUGCUACGCUCGGAUACGCGCGUGAACCCCCCCUCGGUAUCCCCAGUACCCUCCCCCACGUCGUCGCGUCCGGCGCCGCGGCCAGCGCGUCAGACUACGCCGGCAAGGUCUACUCUGCCCACGAGUUCCGCCGCGAGCGCGAGACGGUCAGCGGGCUCGGCGUCGGCGCUAGCGGCGUCGGGCGCAAGGCUUCCCGCCACGUCGACGAGUUUGGGCGGUGA